AUGGCGAGACGCGCCGUUGCAACGGCCCUCGUUGCUGCCCUGCCACAGCUUCUUUUCGUGGCACGAGUCCAAGGCGGUUUCAAGCGCUGCACCGCUCUGAGCGCCAGCCGCCUGCCGCGAAGAUUGGCUUCGCGCUGGUCGGAGCUCGAGCAACGCCUUCCAAGCAGCGUGGCGCCUGAGCCCAUGACGGUAGACUCCACGCUGAACCCGCAGAAGCCCAACUUGGAAGGCUUGACGUUCUUUCGUGAGCGCAAUGGCUGGUGCCCCUACUCUGAGCGGGUGUGGCUCGCGCUGGAGGCCAAGGGCCUGCAGUACAACACGGUGCUGGUGGACAACUACGGACGCCGCGCGAGUUGGAUCGGCGGGCAGACGCCGCAGGUGCAAUGGGCCAGCGGCAAGCGUCAGGGGGAGUCCCUGGAUAUCAUCAAGGCCUUGGACAAAGAGUUCCCGGAGAAGCCACUUUGGCCGGAUGAGGAGGUCACCCAACUGGUCAAUGCCUUUCGCUCCACCUUCCCAAAGCAGACCAGGCCAUCCUCUCGAGCGGCCUUCCUCUUCUCCUGGAACGGCCCAGUCUUCCGCUCGGAGUUUGAGAAGACGCUGGGCAAGACCGAGGAGCUGCUGUCAAAGCACGGCGGGCCCUUCUUUCACGGCGAGCAGGUCUCGGCGGCGGACUGCGCCUGGGCGCCGUUUCUGGAGCGCUACUGCGCUCAGCUGCCGUGCCUCCACAAGGGCCUGCGGCCCUACGACCCCAGUCGCUGGCCUGCGUUGGCCGCGUGGUAUGAAGCCAUGGACGCGCGAUUCCCCGCCUAUAGCGCCCGCGUGCGCGGGGACGAGGUCUCGUGGCGGAAGGUGCUGGCACAGGCCGGCUAUGGCAACGCGGGCAUGGUGCCGGAUUUGGUGAAGGAGGACGCGCUGCUGCCGCAGCCCGCUACCGGGGACUGGGCCAGCUACGCGGCGCCGCGGGCCUUCGUGGCGCCCAGCGCCGCGGAGGAGGCGGCGGCGCGCGUGGUGCGGAACCGCAGGGCCCUAGAAGCGGACGCGGCCAAGCUGGGAAUGGAGGCGCCGGAGGAGAGCUUCCGGAGCUUGGUGGAGGUGCUGCUGGGCGAGGAGGCCUCUUUGGGUGCAGCAGCUGCUGCCAAGUACCUGGACGAUCGGCUGUGCGCGCCGAGAGACAUGGGCUACCUUCCCGCGCGCGCGCUGCGCGCGGCCUGCGCAAAGGUCGCGGCAAAGGUCGCGAAGGCGAAGUUGGAAUCCCAGGAGACCUUCGCGGUGUUGGGGCGCGACGUGCCACGCCUGGAAUGUCUGAUGACGCUGGGCAAUCGCCUGGACAGCCGCAAGCUGGCGGUCGCUAAGCUUCCGUGCCUGAGGACCUUUGAUGGAAAGGAUGUGACCCCAGAGGAGGCGCAGGCGUACCGGAGCUACGAGCGGAAGGAGAUCAACGAGGACUUUCUGAUGCACCAUUCCUUUGCUCCGCCCAAGGGCAGUACAUCUGCAAGGCUUCCAGGAGACUUGGGCUAUGACCCCGAGCGCGACAGGGUCUCCUUGAUGUUGUCCGGAGCCAGCGCGCAGCUGGGGCAUUCUGUGACGCGUGCCAACUGGCGGCUGAAGGUGCUGGCAGUGGAUCUGCAAGGGUGUGAGGUGACGGAGCUCCGCUUCCUGGCGAACCUCCCAGAGUGCCAGACGCUGAACCUCAGCGACAACGAGCUCGGGUCUUUGGAGUGGCUCCCGGAGAUGCCGAAGCUGCAGAGCCUCUCCCUGGAGCGGUGCAACCUCACCUCGCUGAAGGGCCUCGGCCGCUGCCAGGAGCUACAGAAGCUCGAGGCUGCAGGGAACCACCUCACCGACGCGCUGGAGUUGCAAAAGCUGAGCAAGCUGAGCGAGGUGUCACUGGAGGACAACUUCGUGGACUCCCUCGACACCUUCGCAUCGCUGACCAGCCUCAUGGAGCUGUAUCUCAGCAACAACGUCAUCGAGGACUCGCUGAGGUUGCUCUUGAAGCAGCUGCCCAAGCUCAUGGUGUUGGAGCUCUCGGGCAACGACCUGUGCAAGGUCGCUGACUACCGGCAGUAUACCAUGUUCCAUCUGCGCAAGAUGAAGGUCUUGGACGGCCAGCCCAUCUCCAAAGCGGAGCAGCAUCAAGCGGAUGAGAAGUUUAGCGGCAAGGUGACCAUGGAAUUGCUCGAGGACAAGCUGGGCCCCUCCCCCUCCUGA